AAAAUUUUAUAGGAAAUAUGUUAUGAAUGUAUAUUUAUAGAUCACACUUUUGAAGGUUUCAAUGAUGGAAAUUUUAUAAUAAUGAAGUUAUACAAAAGUAUUUAUUAACAAUUGCAUUAAAUGUAAUUACUUCAACAACAACAACAACAACAAGAACGACAACGUCAACAAAAGUACAAAUAUUCAUUUUCUUACUUUAUUGAAAGGAUCAUUACAAGGGGAUAUAAUAUUUAGUAAUUGAAUGUUUUAAUUUACAAAAAUUGAAUGAAAUAGUCAGGAUCUAUUUAAUUUUUUUUUCUUUGUUGUUGUGAUAAAUUUGUUUCAAAAUACACUUAACAAAUAUUCUCAUAGAAGAGUCAUUUCAAUUGUUGAUAGAAUGAUUAAAUAAUCGACUAGAUUAAAAUGAAACUCUAGAUUAAAUUAGUAUGAUAUUAUAAGCAGAGAUGGAUAGUGGCUAGCAGUGGAAUCCAGGACGCGCGUUUCGUCCUGUUUGGGACUCGUCAGCUGGAUGUACCUGCAUCUCAGAGUUGAUGUUCACUCUGGGACUCGAACUCAUUACCGUUCGCUUCAAACGCCAUCGCGUUAUCCACUUAGCUACUGAUUCCUGAUAGCCACUUACUUGUGCAAUGGGUUGAAGUUUAAUUCACUUGAUAUUGUUUUAUUUGAAUCUUCCCAUUGAUGUUUUGGGACUGAUAUUGUUGAUCUAUCCAAGAAUUAAUUUACCAAAUGAGAAUGAAUAAAGAAUAUUUUGUUUCUUUCCCCAUUUUCCUCAUUUCAUUAUAAAUUACAAAAAUAGACCUUAUAUCAGUUAGUGCUUUGUAUCAUCAGUCCUCGUUUUUUUUCUCUCUCAAAAUGAUUCAAUUCCAUUCAUUAAAAAAUAAUAGAACAUACUGUAAACUGUAAUAUGACAAUGAUAUUGUGUAUAACUGUAUUAUUGAUGACAUGAUAAUUAUUGUCUUUAUUAGUCAAUAUUUACUGUGUAUAGAAACAAGUGAAAAUAUGUUUCAAUCUUUGAAGGUCGAUUUACCAAAUUAUAAAACACAAAUCAAUUUUCACAACCAUAUGAAUCAGUCAAAUGAUUCACAACUGAACUCCAAGCGGAUACACAUAAUAUCUUCUAACACUACAAAUCAAUAUCAUCCUAGAGAAGAACACAAAUUACAUAAUAAUAAAUCGGUAGAAAGUCAUGGCGACUACUAUCAUUCAUCAUUAUCAUCAACAUCAAUAACAACGCCAGUGAACGAAGUGAAAACAACAAUCAAUUUCAUAACAUUUAAAAUAUCCGAUUGUUACCUACAUAAUCCAUCUAUGCAUUUGUACGAGAAAUUCCGUCUACAGUUUACAUUUCGUACAUCUCAGGAACACGGUUUAAUAUUAUUCAACUCAGAUAAAUAUGGUGUUGAUUUUUUAGCAUUUGAAUUAAUCAAAGGUUAUUUACAUUUCGUCUUCGACAUGGGAAGCGGAUCUCAACGUUUUGCAUUGACUGCACAUAGUGUUACUGAUUCUAAAUGGCAUAAUGUGGAAUUGUUUAGAAAAGAUCUUGAAAAUAAUAUACUCCAAUUAUAUAUUGAUCGGAAUCAAAGUAUUGAACAAUAUUUGAAGAUACCCGUUUUCAAUGGUGACAUUGCAAGAAAUUUCAAUUUAAAUGAUCCACUAUAUAUCGGUGGUAUAUCUCAACUUGUAUUCUUGAAAUGGAGAGAGAAACUUAGUUCAUACCAUGGAUUUCAGGGUUGUCUAGGCAAUUUCUCUAUAAAUGGACUACCUCCAUUUGAUUUAUUAAAUAUGGCUAAGUUGAAAUAUGCGAAAAAUUGGACAUUACCUGUCUGCCGAGAUCAAAUCGUGGACAAUUGUCAUUAUCGACCGAAAGGUGUAUUGAACUGUAAUCAAAUUCAACGUAUUCAAAAUCAUUCAACUAUGAAAAGAGCAAAUAAAAAUGGUGUUGGAGAUAAUGAUAAUAAUAAACUAUUUCAACCAUAUUGCUUAAAUGAUGGAAUUUGUUUACAUACAUGGUUAGGUGUUAAAUGUGCCUGUGAAUUGACUACAUUUGAUGGGCAUCGAUGUAUAAAAGCUGGAACAACAUUUGCCUAUGGUGUUCAUGAUGAUACAACUAUAAGUUAUAAUUUAUCAAAUAAUAUCAAUCAAACAAUUAAUGAUGAUGAUGAUAAUAAUGAUCAUAUUGGUUAUUUACGUUUAAUUUAUACAGAUCGUGUAAGAAAUACAAGACAAGAUGAAUUUGUACUUGGUAUUCAAACAAUUUUAACAAAUUUAACUUAUAAACAAAAACAAUACAAAAAUAAUGAACAAAUUUCUCAUAAUUAUAUAACCACUUUAUUAUUUGUUACUAGUUUAACACAAAUUGGUGAUUUUAUACAUUUAUUUUUAGAAUCAGGUGUAGUGCGGCUUAAUUAUAACAUGGGUGGAGGUGUGGUUCACAUCAGUGGACCUAAUUUCCCAAUCAAUGAUGGAUUUUAUCAUCGAAUACGAGGCUAUCGUGUCGAUCGUCAGAUAAUUCUUGAAGUAGAUGACUCAAGACAUACAUAUGAACUAAACAGUAUAUAUGGGAAACAGUUCAAUAAUCAAAAAGUUAUUUGGCUUGGACAUGCACCACAAUUAAAUAAGACAGACUUUUUUCAUGGUUACAUGACUGGUGUUUACUAUAAUGGAUUACUAUUGAAUGAUAUAGCUGCCGGUUUAUCCUACUUAAUGUAUAUACAUGUGACACGAUUUGGAAAUGUGAAGCAUACACCGAAAUUUCAACCGAAAUUACUCAAAUCUGACUACUAUAAAGAUUCAUUGUUAUUUCUUGAAGAUAACAACUAUACUUUAAGUUCAACAUAUUUUUUUAAUAGUGGAGUAAACUAUGUGAAUCGUGAUGAGCCAGUUAAUGAAGAGACAACAAAACAAAUCUUAACCGAUUCAUUACCAUUACUUUUUUAUUCCAAUUCUUCUUCCUCUUCUUCGUUAUUAUCAUCGAACUAUAAGUAUUUUAAUAACAAUAUUUCUAAUGAAUCUAUACAGUCAGAUAUAAUUCAUUCACAGACAAAUGAUUUACAAUAUAAUAAAUUGAAAGUAUUUAAAACAAUGAGUCGUUUACAUGAACAAGUUAAUAUUUGGCUGUUAAUUAGUUUAGCCGGUGCUGGCCUAAUAAUGAUAAUCUCACUUACAUUUCUAGCUUAUAGAUGUCAUCGCAAUAAACAUGUAAAUUCACAUUGUUCUAAAUUAACUGAAACAAAGCAAAUGAGUCAUUUACAUCAAUUCUCUCCGACAUCAGUUACUUAUAGAACUGCUUCAGUAGGUUCUUUAUUAAGUAUGGAUGAUAUAAGAUAUACUAUGAUAUCUAAACGAUUAAAACAAAAUCAAGAACAAUUAUCAUCUGUUUCAGAUGAUCAAUCACAUUCAUUAUGUGAUCGAACAUCAAUUAGUGGAUAUAAAAUCAAUUAUUCUAAUACUACAGUAACACCUUUUAUUUUAGUAACUGAUUCAAUAAAUCUACCGAGAAAAUCAUCAACAGGAAUAGAUCAAUACAAUUUAGUGAAAACAUCUUUACCUAAAAUAGGUUCAAUGCAUUUCAAUGUUAAUGAGCUUCCAAUGAAAACAUUUGAACAAUAUAUACCAGAUAAAUAUUUAAAAGAUAAUGAAUAUAAAGUUGUUUUAAAUGUUUCUGAUAAUGAUUAUUUAAAAACACAAUAUAUACAUGGAUUUAUUGAUACAUUAAAUAGUGGACAAUUCAAUACAGAUUCUUCAAUAGAAACAUCCCAAAUGAUGUAAUAUUCAAAUAUCAAGUUACUAUAUGUAAAUGAAAUUCUGAAUCAAGUUUAUUAUGUUAUGAAUAAAUGACAAAUACCUACUAAUAUAUGAUCAACAAUCUAAAUAAAGUGGGUAUUAUUUUUAUGUAGAAAGAAAGAUUUCCGAUAUGUUAGCUCAUUUUUAUAUGACAUAUAUAUAUAUCAAAAUGACUUUACAUCAUUUGCUCUGUAUGCAGCGAUAAACAUUGUAAAUAAAAUUAUACUUCAGGUAGGCUUGUCUUCUCAUUCUCUUUGAAUUAUGCGCAAGUCUUGAUUGAUUUUAAUGAGUUAUUAAUGGAAAAAAACAACGAUAAAUGUUAUUUGAAAAUGUCAAAUAUUAAACAGUAAAUAAAC